ACUACCCAAAAGGGAACUGGCACAAACGUGAGGGUAAUAUGUAAGUCUCUGAGAGUCAUGUCAGGGAGCACUGCCGCUGAGAGACACAGACCCUGUGUCAUCAUUUGGGCUUUGUCAGUGGCAGCAUCAUUGAGAAACUCCGCCUCCAUCUUAUCAUCUCUACAGAAAAAUCAAGUGACCUUCAAAGACGCUAAGAUAAAGUUUCUGACUUCGGCUCCCCAGAAGUGGAAUUUGAGGCUGGGGCUGGCGCCAGGACAGUCAUGUAUCAGGUUAGGGACCUUGAUACUGCUGGUGAUUUUUCUGCCAAGCAUGUACUGUUAUCUGGGAUCAGUAUCCCACUCUUUCUUUGAAAUAACUGUUCCUCAGAGACUGACAGUGCAGGAAAGCAAUAACCCAGUGGAAGAGACAUCCUAUAUUCUAUUUCUACAGGGCCAAAAGCAAGUGAUUCAUCUCAGAGUGAGGAGAGACUAUUUUGUAAGUGACUUCCCCAUCUACACUUACCACAAUGGCAUCCUGGGGCAAGAAAUGCCUUCCAUCUCACACGACUGCCACUAUGAGGGCUACAUAGAAGGAGCGCCAGGCUCUUUUGUUUCCGUCAACACCUGCUCGGGCCUCAGGGGCAUCCUGAUCAAGGAGGAGACAUCCUACAGCAUCAAGCCCAAGCUCUCUUCCAAGCAGUUUGAGCACGUGCUAUUCACCACGGCCCCACAAGCUCCAGUCUCCUGUGGCGUCCCGUCCCAAGACAGACCGGCGUCCACCAGCCAGCAAGAAGGGAGGAGGAAUCCUCUUCAAUUGCAGGCGCUAUCCUACUUGUGGUCACUCACCAAGUACGUGGAGAUGUUUGUCGUGGUCAACAACGAGCGGUUCCAGAUGUGGGGCAGUAACGUCAGUGAGACCGUCCAGAGAGUUGUGGACAUCAUUGCUCUGGCCAACAGUUUCACCAGGGGCAUAAACACAGAGGUGGUGCUGGCCGGAAUGGAGAUCUGGACCGAGGGGGACCUCAUAGAGGUCCCGGUGGACCUGCAAGGUACACUCAGGAAUUUCAACAGCUGGAGACAAGAGAAUCUCUCGAGUCGCGUGAGGCACGAUGUUGCCCAUCUGAUCGUUGGGCAUCAUCCUGGUGAGAACAAGGGCCAGGCAUUCCUCAGCGGUGCCUGUUCAAGUGGCUUUGCGGCGGCUGUCGAAUCCUUCCCUCACGAGGAUGUCCUCCUGUUUGCGGCGCUCAUGGUCCACCAGCUCGGGCACAACCUGGGCAUUCGGCAUGACCAUGCGGCCUGCGUUUGUAAAGAUAAGCCGUUUUGCCUCAUGCGUGAAAAUAUCACCAAAGCAAGCGGCUUCAGCAACUGCAGCUCUGAGGAUUUCCACCGUUUCCUUCAAGAACACAAAGGGACCUGCCUCUUUAACAAGCCGUGGUACAGAAGCCACAAGCGCAGGGCGUCUCGCUGUGGAAAUGGCGUGGUGGAGGAACAGGAGGAGUGUGACUGUGGCUCUGAUUGUGACAAUCACCCAUGCUGUGACACAGUCUGUAAACUGAAGAAGCAGGCCCAGUGUAGUGAUGAAGCCUGCUGCCAUAACUGUCUUCUCAGAAGGUCAGGCAGUUUAUGUCGUCCGUCUCAGGAUGAGUGUGACCUCCCUGAAUACUGUGAUGGUCGAUCUAAAAACUGCCCUGCAGACAGCUACAAGCAAGAUGGCACACAGUGUGACAGAAUUUUCUAUUGUGUUGGGGGGCGGUGUAAAAACCCCGAUAUUCAGUGCAGGAAUGUAUUCGGGCAUUCCGCCAGAUCUGCCCCAGAAGACUGUUACGUGUCAACGAACAAGCGCCCAAGUCGAUUUGCAAACUGUGGCCGUCCCACUUCAACUUCUGCAGCAUACGUUAACUGUAAGGGUGAAAAUAUAUUUUGUGGAAAACUUGUAUGUACAGGUAUUAUGCUGAUGCCAAGAAUCCGACCCCAUCAUAUGCUGCUCCAGGUUCCUCACGGCAGUGACUGGUGCUGGCUCAUGGACGCCUUUGACAUCUCUGACAUCCCCGAUGAUGGUGAUGUGCAGACUGGCACUUCCUGUGCUCCAGACAAAGUUUGCAAGGCUUACUCCUGCAGUAGUAAAGAGGUGCUCAAGUAUGACUGUGAACCAGAGGAGCAGUGCAAUGGGAAAGGGGUGUGCAACAAUCUCAAGCACUGCCAUUGUGAGGAUAACUUUGCCCCUCCUGACUGUAGGAGACCAGGAGCUGGGGGUAGCGUGGACAGUGGCCCUCCUAGUAAGCCACGCCAUAUAAAAGAAACCAUAAAAACAAAUAUAAGCCGUAAAGACAAGAAUGACGAAAUAAGCACUAAAAAGUUGCUUCUCUUUAUCCCUCUAGCUCUCUUCGGGUUAUUGUGCACUCUAAUGCUAAUUGCUUACCUCUGGUCUGAAAUACGGGCAGCAAUGGCAUCAUCAGAGUCAUCAGAGUCUCUCCCACAAAAGGAGCCCAAAAAGGCCCCGCCUCCACCUCCACCUGCACCUGCACCCGGGGAGGCCGCUCCUCCACCCGCACCCGGGGAGGCUGCUCCUCCACCCGCACCUGGGGAGGCUGCUCCUCCACCCGCACCCGGGGAGGCCCCUCCUCCACCUGCACCUGAGGGAGACCCCCCACCACCACCAGUGUAGGCCCACCACCAGAGGUCAAAGAAAAGCCUACACCAAAAGAGGACGCAGGUGGACAUGAAAAAGC